ACUUUUGCACUAAAACGUUAGCAUUGAUUGUCCUCACGGAAUCUGCUGGUCCAUGGGUUUACUUUUCUGCCCAAGGUCUGGCUACAUUCCAUCACCCCCGGGCUGUAGUAUCCUUGCUGCCAGAUUAAAAUCGCUGUGCUAUUGGAAUUUGGGUGUUUUAGUCAGGACGUGCUUGUCACCUCUGCCUCUGGUGUUUCAGUCUUGAAUCUAUCUGCCAGAGAGACGACUAUGAAGAGGUUUAACACAUUUCAUCACGAUGUCUCUUCCCUCCUGACCGUGUAAUCGAACUUUAGUGGUGCAUCCAAAGAGGGGUUCAAAUGACUUUUUGAGCAUUUAGUGGGUGUGCUGAAUCCUGCAGAUUACGAACUCUGCAGGACAUCCAAUGAAAACAACAACACCUUAAUUGAAUUGGGGAUUGGCGCCUCUCACUUUUUAAUUUAACGUUGUUGUUUUUUUAAGGACACUCUCAUCAUGACGAUUCCAUUAUCUCGGACUCAACUAGCCCUGUUUUUCAUCCUCCUGUGUCCGGUCAAUAUCAUUGGGUUAUGGUGGGCAGUGGGGAGCCCUCUGGUCAUGGACCCCAAUAGUAUCUGUCGGAAGACCAAGCGACUAGCGGGCAAGCAGGCUGAGCUGUGCCAGAACCAGCCAGAGAUCGUCCACGAGGUCGCCAAGGGUGCCAAGCUGGGUGUGCGGGAGUGCCAGUACCAGUUCCGCUUUCGCCGCUGGAACUGCACCAGUCAGAACAAGUACUUUGGCAAAAUACUCCAACAAGACAUCCGGGAGACAGCGUUCGUGUACGCCAUCACAGCGGCUGGGGUGACCCACACGGUGACUCAGGCCUGCAGUAUGGGGGAGCUGCUGCAGUGUGGCUGUGAGGCGACCAGGAGCAGGGCUCCCCCCCGGCCUGCCUCCUCCUCCACCACCACCUCUGGCGAGGGAGUCAAGUGGGAGUGGGGCGGCUGCGGAGACGACGUGGAGUUUGGCUACGAGAAGUCCAAGCAGUUCAUGGAUGCCAAGAGGAAAAAGGGCAAGAGUGACAUCAGGACGUUGAUCGAUCUCCACAACAACGAAGCAGGACGACUGGCGGUGAGGAAUUAUAUGAGGACUGAAUGUAAAUGUCAUGGCCUGUCCGGGUCUUGCACACUCCGGACCUGCUGGAAAAAGAUGCCUCACUUUCGCGAGGUGGGUGAUCGCCUCCUAGAGCGGUUCAAUGGCGCUUCCAAGGUGAUGGGAGGCAAUGAUGGCAAGACCCUGGUUCCCGUAGGCCAGAACAUCAAGCCUCCGAGCAAACAGGACCUGAUCUACUCGGCCGAGUCGCCCGACUUCUGCUCGCCCAAUAGGAAGACGGGCUCGCUGGGCACGCGGGGCCGCAUGUGCAACAGCACAGCCAUGGACGUGAGUGGCUGUGACCUGCUGUGCUGUGAGCGUGGCUACCGAGACGAGACGGUGGUGUUCGAGGAGAACUGCCUCUGCCGCUUCCACUGGUGCUGCGUGGUGCAGUGUAAGAAGUGCUCGGUGAGGAAAGAACUCAGUCUCUGUCACUAGCAUUACCAUAGUGAAGCUGGGUUGGCUCCAGGCCUGGCCUGCCUCACACGAAAGAUGCACUGAGAUCAUGCUCCCACAGUUCAAUUCAGGAGCACGCUGAGAGAUUAGUAUCUUAUCUAGGAUCAUCUUGGACAGACAGCUGCAGUAACUCUUCUCUCAAGCUGUAGAACAGUCCAGAAUGGCCGCUACUCCAGUGCUCACCACAUAGAGCUCUAUGACCCAGAAACGGAGGCUCUUUCAGGCUCUUUUUCUAGAAACCCACUGGAGGAACUUACCCAACAACUGUUCCAGCUCUCCAGAGUGGAAUAUUGAAGGUCACAUCUAAGGUUAAAAGUUCAAAUUCAGCUCCGAGAACGCUGUAGAACUGAACGGUUCGGUCCCAUCUCAUAGAAGACCAUCAGACAGCUUGGUACCAUUCUCAGUCGUCGGUACGGAGGUCGUUGCCUCUAAAGCAGUGGUUCCCAAACGUGUUUGCGCAGUUGCCCACCUCAAGCCUUUAGCCAUUGAACCAGAAAAUAGCAUAACAACUGUUUCUAGCCUCAAACCCAAUGCCAAUGCCCUCUAGGAACAUGCUUACAACCCACAAUUAGGGAAACACUCUUCAUAGUCAGUUAACCAUGUAACUACAAGUGAGGACUAUUGUAAGAAAAGCAUAAUGCCUUUUGAGUGUGGAAAAUAAGACUUAUGGUCUUGGUAACAAGAUAGCAAGCACAUCAGCAUGCUACGUUUCUACACACGGUAACUGGAAUGUUAUGGAAGAAAGGAAAAUGGACACGCACAACGUGGAAUACAGGUAUCAAGCACAAAACGUAUGAAAAAGGGAAAUCUGGGGAUUAUUUGUUUGGAGGACGAACCCCAUCACGUUUCAUGGUGAGGAGCUGAACUGACACCCGAGACUAUUAUUUAUGGACAUUUUAUGACAAGACUACUCAUAGUGAUAAGGUGAGGAACGUGCCUACCGUCUCUCUGAAAAGCACUUUGGACAUGGGAGCUAUCUCUGUGAACCAUAUGUUACAUUGGUUGUUGUUUGGGUAGUUUGCAAAUGGAGAAACGUGUUACAACUUUCUUUUUUUUUUCGUACGAGGUGCAGUAUCGAGAAAGUAUAAUGUUAUGUUUAUCUGUUUAAUAUACAGGGCUUUUGUAAUGCACUUUCAAUUAAAGCAUUUGCUGCGUA